GUGAGGUGUACGGUCGGUCGGUCGGUAGGCAGAGGUCUCGGCAGUCAUGGCUCCCAACGUUCCAGCGGAUGAACCGGCCCCAGAGUAUCCUAAAGGCAUCCGGGCCGUAUUGCUGGGGCCACCCGGGGCCGGCAAGGGUACCCAGGCACCCAAAUUGGCCAAAAACUUCUGUGUCUGCCAUUUGGCUACUGGGGAUAUGCUUAGGGCCAUGGUAGCUUCUGGCUCCGAACUGGGGAAAAAACUGAAGGCAACCAUGGAUGCUGGGAAACUGGUAAGCGAUGAAAUGGUGGUAGAGCUCAUUGAGAAGAAUUUGGAGACCCCUUCAUGCAAAAACGGUUUUCUUUUAGAUGGCUUCCCUCGGACCGUGAGGCAGGCAGAAAUGCUCGAUGACCUCAUGGAGAAGAGGAAAGAGAAGCUUGACUCUGUGAUUGAAUUCAGUAUCCCAGACUCUCUGCUCAUCCGGAGAAUCACAGGAAGGCUGAUCCACCCUAAGAGUGGCCGCUCCUACCACGAGGAGUUCAACCCCCCGAAGGAACCCAUGAAGGAUGAUAUCACUGGGGAACCUUUGAUCCGCCGAUCAGAUGAUAAUGAGAAGGCCUUGAAAAUCCGCCUGGAGGCCUACCAUACUCAGACCAUCCCUCUAGUGGACUACUACCAGAAGAGGGGCAUACACUGUGCCAUCGAUGCAUCCCAGACCCCUGAUGUCGUGUUUGCCAGCAUCCUCGCAGCCUUCUCCAAAGCCACAUGUAAAGAUUUUGUUAUGUUUAUCUAAUGUUGUACCAGAGAUGAAUUUCUUUUUCUUGUCCCUGUUUAGGUGGGGUGGGAAUGACAGGACAGGCCUAGGGACUCUUAAUCAGGCCAAAAAGACUAUAAUUUUAUGUAUUGAUUAAAGAAGCACUUGCUUGAUGUAU